CUCCAAGCUGGCAGCCACUCUACCGCACAGGAAUGUCCUGGUGAUCGGCGAAAGGUCGCAUUGGACGACAACGCUCCCACCAGCAAAUCAUCAUGUACCUUUGGAUCACAGCUCAGUGAAAUCAAUAAACGGCCCUCGGCAAACCCUGAAAAUGGGCGAAUCGGACUAUAGAGAAAGAGGGGGAGGUGCAGGAGCGCCUGGGCCAUACAUCGGCAUAUACGGCUGGAGGAAGAGGUGUCUCUAUUUGCUCAUACUCUCCCUUCUCGUCCUCGUCAUCCUCAACCUCGCUCUCACCCUCUGGGUCCUCAAAGUGAUGGAGUUCAAUACAGAUGGAAUGGGAAACGUACGUAUAGUGGAAGGAGGUCUCGAAGUGGCCGGUCACAGUUACAUCCUCGGGAAUCUCGUCGCCUCCAGCAUUCGGUCAAAACAGGGUCACCCGAUUCACAUAAGGGCUUCGCACAAUAUAACGUUGACGACGGAACACUACUCGCACAACACCCUCACAAUCGGUAAGUACUGUCAGAAAAGGGGAAAUUGUAUCGGGGAGAAGCGAGAAGGCUCUUCAUUAGCCGCUAUUGCUUUCUGCCAAAAAAAGCCGCUCAACGGGAAAUUGAACGGAAAUUGA